AUGUUGGAACCCGAUCAAUCCUGGUUUUUUACUGCGUGGUUAUUGGGCGUGGUGGCACUGGUGCAUCUUCAUAAUGCUUUCGCUUCCAUCUUCUCACAAAAUGUUCAAAAAAAAGACAUUGAAUCGAAAGUCAUUAAAUUCAUCUUUAACUUUAGUGGAAUGCUUGCGUUUAUUUGUAAAUUUGCCUCCAUCGGAACUCCCAGCAACGUGACUUCACUUGGGUGUAAAGUCAUACUUUACACUGCAAGCCUGGCCAAUUUUAUUUACGGGGGAUCUUUGAGCAUAUUUUUGUUACGGAGGUUGAAGCAAUUUAAAAUGGAUUAUGACCGAUUGAUUGGUCUCGUGUUAGUAGCCGCAAGAAUGGCGGCCAAUAUCACGCAUAUAGUAUUUCUCGGCCCCGAAGCACACGUCAUCCCUUCUCCAUAUAGCUUCUAUAAAACGAUAAAUGUUUGUGUAUACAAUUCCGAUGCUAUAUUCAGACCGCAAUUAGCCACCAUACUUGCUGACUUUGCGAUCGACCUAUACGUUGCGGCCCGAUUGGUCCCGUCCUUCAGAAAGUCAGGUCGCGAUGCUAAUUCAAAUCACAUAAUAUUAUCAAUGAAACGUGACAUGGUAUUGUCCUUGGUCAAAACAAUGAACUUGCGAAAUUGA